UUAUAGAUAAAGUAGUUAUAUUUUUAGAUAGAUUAGAGAGAAAUGAGAACGAGCGGACGGCUUUGCUACCCUACUGAAGAUGUUUGUUUUGAUAAGACAGUAGUUAAACGGAGUGAUUUCACCGGAUGUAAUUUGGGUUGCCGUAAACGGCAAAGAUUUUCAUCGGUGGUUGCCGGAAAGACUGAUAUGUUUGAAGCUUUACCCGAUGAUCUUGUCAUUUCUAUACUCUCUAAGCUCAGCUCUUCCGCUUCUUGCCCGUCCGAUUUCAUCAACGUUUUGAUUUCAUGCAAGAGAUUGAAUAGAUUUGCACUUUUACCAUUGGUAUUGUCAAAGGCUUCUCCGAAAUUGUUCGCCAUUAAGCCUGAAAACUGGUCUGAGUCAGCUCACAGGUUCUUAAAGUCUUGCGUCGAUGCCGGAAGUGUUGAAGCUUGUUACACACUCGGCAUGAUUUAUUUCUACUGUUUGCAAAAUCGAGAGAGUGGAGGUUCUCUUAUUGCUAAGGCGGCGGUUAGUUCUCACGCGCAGGCGCUUUACUCGUUAGCUGUAAUUCAGUUCAACGGAAGCGGCGGCUCUAAGGACGAUAAGGACCUCAGAGCUGGCGUUGCUCUGUGCGCUCGAGCUGCUUUUCUCGGCCAUAUUGACUCCCUGCGUGAGCUCGGUCACUGCCUGCAAGACGGGUACGGCGUCCGACAAAACAUCAUUGAGGGCCGUCGGUUCCUCGUCCAAGCCAAUGCCCGAGAGCUUGCGGCGGGUUUAUCUUCAACAUCCGUUUCUAACAACGCCGGGAACUCGUGGCUCGUUUGCAGUCCACAUCCGAUCCUGCACCCUAACAACCUUCAUCCGGUCGUAUCCGGAUGCCCGUUGCUGAGUGAUUACGGGUGCAAUGUGCCAGCGCCGGAGGCUCAUCCAGCGAACAAAUUCUUAAUGGAGUGGUUCGUUUCUCGGGGAGGGAUCCCCGGACCGGAUUUAAGGCUAUGCUCGCACGUCGGUUGCGGGAGACCGGAGACGAGGAAACACGAGUUCCGCCGGUGUUCUGUUUGUGGUACCGUGAAUUAUUGUUCACGCGCAUGUCAGGCACUUGAUUGGAAGCUCCGUCACAAAACCGAGUGCGCGCCGGUCGAACGGUUGCUCGACGGAGAAGGCGUUGGUGGCGACGGUGUGAAUGAAGACAUCGACGAAAGUUGAAAAACGGUAACAUUUCAGUUUUUAAGGAAAGUGAAAAAUGUAAAAAAGAAAAA